AAAUUACUCAGACAUGGAAGAAACCAGAACAAACUUACUAGGCAAUGAGGAAGAAACUGAGAGGACACAGCAAAAGGGAGAACAUUACAAAGGGAAACUGAGAAAAAUUUUUACACACACAGGAUAAUGAGUGGCAAUAGGUGGGAGGACAGCUGAAAUUAAUUACAGAUAAUUAGACAGAUUACUUUUCUACUGGGAAUGUGUAACAGUCCAUUAGAAAAAGGUAAACAGGAAGCGAAUGAAUGUUGAUGAUUACAGAUAUCUUUAUUCGAUUAGGAAACAUCUCCAUCUCCAAUAUCUGACCUAGUCAAGAACACUCUUGAAAAAAUAAAUAUAUUACUGUCAGCCUAAAAUCAAGAGACACCAAAAUCAAGCAUCUACGGAGGAAGGCAAGAUGAGCUUGUACCACAGUGAUCUGAAUGUUUCUACUGAUGGAGGAAUUCUGAAGUGUAAAGGCCUUUACUCUGCUCAGAAUCAGCCAAAUGCUGCAAAACGGGUUUCACAGUGCACAUGGAUAAUAAACCAAAGCAAACUGCGAAAGCAAGUUGUUUAGUGACAGCUUUAGCUUAGCUGACUUGACUAAAUGGAGCAAAGAAUUGGUUAAAUCUGUGCAUCUCCGGCAGGUUGCGCUCUGCCCGUGCAUCUCUGCACACGCCCCGGCCUCUUCGUGAGCGCGCGGCUCGCGGAGCAGCAUCAGCAGAGCGGGGGCGCGGAUCAGAUCGAAGCGGACAUUCUGCAGUCAUUGUUGGAGGAUCGUGCGGAGUUGGACGGACUUUCGUACCAAGGUCUUCUGCAGCGUGGCCGGUCUGCUUCAGCAUGGAGUUAUGAUGGAAUGGAUAUGAAUAUGAGCCAGUGGGAAGGCAUCCGAGCCCCUCUUCUCCGCCUGGCCUUGCUGCUGCUGUUGGUAUUCUUGAAGUCACCACUCUGCAACGGUCAGAACACCCAUGGGGCUCCUCAAGAUGAAUCUCACUUCAGCUUCACUCAGCCUGUCUACCAUGCCACAAUUUAUGAAAACUCAGCAGCACGCACCUAUGCCAACAGUAAAAUUAAAAUGGGCAUCCACCUCGUCCAGCACUCCUGGGAGAUCCGCUACAGAAUCACCUCAGGUGACGAUGAAGGUUUUUUCAAGGCAGAGGAGUAUGUACUCGGAGACUUCUGUUUCUUACGCAUAAGGACUAAAGGUGGUAAUGCCGCCAUCUUGAACCGAGAGAUUCAGGAUAAUUAUGUAUUGACAGUGAAAGCUUCUGUCAAGGGAGAGGCUCUUCUUGAGACCUGGACUAAAGUCAGUAUUCAGGUUUUGGAUAUGAAUGACCUCCGGCCCUUGUUUUCACCUACCACAUACUCUGUCACCAUAGCAGAGAGCACCCCUCUCAGAACUAGUAUAGCACAAGUUACUGCCACAGAUGCAGAUAUCGGUUCCAAUGGAGAGUUUUACUAUUUUUUCAAGGAAAAAACUGAACUGUUUGCUGUACACCCAACUAGUGGAGUGGUUACUCUCAGUGGAAGGCUUAAUGUUGAUGAGCAGAAUCGUUAUGACUUAGAAAUUCUGGCGGUGGACCGUGGCAUGAAGCUUUAUGGAAAUAAUGGUAUCAGCAGCACAGCCAAACUUUUUGUCCAUGUAGAGCGUGUAAAUGAACAUGCUCCACUCAUGAAUGUCCUCACCCACAGCCCCUCAUGGCUGGAUAAAAAUCUUGUGUAUGCAGUGGUUACUGUUGAGGACCAAGAUGAAGGGUUAAAUGGAGAAAUAGAUUCCUUGGUCAUUGUAGGAGGAGAUCCCUCAGAGCAGUUUUUUGUUGACAGAACUAAAGAAGGAGAGUUUGCUAUUAAAGCGUUUGAGUCAAUAAGUCAAACAUAUCCUUAUGGCUGUAAUCUUAGCUUGCAGGCUAAAGACAGGGGCACCCCGCAGAAGUUAUCUGCUGUUGAAGUCAUCCAAAUCAAGGUCGAAAAACAUCAAAAUUCAGAUGCUAAAUUUAUGCAAGAGUUGUAUGAUGUCAGUUUAAAUGAAAUUUCACCUCCAGGUACACUUGUAGUGGCUGUUAAAAUCACACCAGAGCCUGAUGAUGCAGAAUAUAUCCUAACAACUUCUGCGGAUUCAUCCUUUUUUCAAAUGAAUACCCUAACAGGUGUAAUCUCUACUGCUCGCUGGUUCACUCGGGUGUUCCAGGAUGUCUUUAAUCUUGAAGUAAUGGAAAUGGAUAGUAAUCUAAAAGUUAAAGUGAGGGUAACCAUUGAGGAUGCUAAUGAUCACACACCAACAUUUGCUCAGUCCUCUUAUGAGGUUUUUGUUAAUGAAAGUGUACCAGUUGCAACCAGUGUAUUAACAGUUUCUGCAGUUGAUAAAGAUAAAGGUGAAAAUGGAUACAUAACUUACAGCAUUUCCAGUCUUCAGCCAUUACCCUUUAAAAUCAAUCAGUUUUCUGGUGUUAUAAGCACCACUGAAGAGCUGGAUUUUGAAUCCUCAUCAGAAAGCUUUAUGUUCAUAGUCAGAGCAUCUGACUGGGGGUCUCCUUACAGACGAGAAAGUGAAGUAAAUGUAACAAUCCAUCUAGAAAAUGUAAAUGAUAAUCAGCCGUUGUUUGAGAAGGUAGCAUGCCAGGGGAUUAUUCCUGAGGAUUUUCCAGUAAAUGAAGUUAUUACUACAAUGUCUGCAAUUGAUAUAGAUGAAUUAGAGUUAGUGAAAUAUAAGAUCAUUUCAGGUAACGAACAGGGGUACUUUGACCUCAACCCAGAUUCAGGGGUUCUUGCACUGCAGCAUUCUCUCUCAAGUGCCAAUCCAAAGAGUGGUUUAUUUAGUUUAAAAAUAACUGCCACUGAUGGUGAGAGCUUUUCUGAUCCUAUGUUUGUCAAUAUCUCAGUUGUUUAUGGAAAAUCUUCUUCCAAACGUUUCACAUGUAAAGAAACAAAUGUGGCUCAAAAAUUAGCUGAAAAGUUAUUGAAAAAGUCCAAAGCUAGCAAUAAACCUAAAAUUGAGGAAGGUUUUAUUGACCUUUUUUCUGUGAAUCGGCAGACGCCCCAGUUUGACAAAACAUUUCCCACACAUAUUACUGUGCAGGAAGACCUUAAGGUAGGCUCAAGUGUUUUCAAGGUGAAUGCCUAUGAUGGGGACACAGGUUUCAAUGGUCAAAUUCUAUACUCUAUUUCAGAUGGAAAUAUUGAUAACUGUUUUACCAUUGACACACAGACGGGACUUAUCAGUGUGUUUCUACACAUGGACAGAGAAAAAAGAGAUCGCUAUCUCCUCAACUUAACUCUCUAUGACCUUGGCCUUCCACAGAAAAGUUCCUGGCGGUUGCUUACUGUCUAUAUAGAAGAUGCAAAUGAUAAUACACCCCAAUUUUUGCAAGAAGGAGGCUUUAGAAUUGUCAUACCUGAAAACAUAGCCUUAGGUACUGACGUCAUCCAGGUUGAGGCCAUUGACAAAGAUCUUGGGCCCAAUGGUGAGAUUGUAUACUCUCUUUUGACAAGCACCACUCAGUUUGGUAUCAAUUCCACUAGUGGGAUAUUAUAUGUUGCUGGCCAACUAGACAGGGAGUUUGUCUCUACGUUUAACCUAAAAAUUGAGGCUCGGGACAAAGCGGAGAAAGGAAGCCAGAAGUUUUCUGUGACCACACUGAAAAUCAUUUUGGAGGAUGUAAAUGACUGUCCUCCACUAUUUAUCCCUGCUGUGUACAGAACCAGGGUUCUGGAGGAUCUCCCAAUAGGAACAGUUGUAGCCUGGUUAGAAACUCUGGAUCCAGAUUUGGGGUUGGGAGGCCAGGUUCGGUACUCCCUAGCCAGUGAUUAUAAUGGAUGGUUUGAAGUCGACAGGGCAAAUGGAGUUAUUCGACUCACAAAGGAGCUGGACUAUGAGACACAGCAGUUUUACAACCUUACUGUAAAGGCCAAAGACAAAGGAAGGCCUGUUUCUCUUCUUUCUGUUACCUUUGUGGAGGUGGAGGUUGUAGAUGUGAAUGAAAACCUCUAUGCCCCAUACUUUUCUGAUUUUGCUUUGACUGGAUUAGUUAAAGAAAAUGCCCGGAUUGGAACCACUCUACUCCAGGUCACAGCUAAUGAUGAUGAUGCUGGCAGAGAUGGAGAAGUUCAGUACUCCAUUCGAGAUGGGAGUGGGCUUGGAAGAUUUGCCAUAGAUGAAGAGACAGGCGUGAUCUACACCACUGAUAUGUUGGACCGAGAGAGCAAGGACUCCUAUUGGCUAACAGUUUAUGCCACCGACCACGGUGUGGUUCCUCAGUUCACCAGUAUUGACGUAUUUAUCCAGGUGGAGGAUGUUAAUGACAACGCCCCGUUGACUUCUGAACCUCUGUACCGAACCUCAGUGCCUGAGAAUUCUCCACGUGAUGUUUCUGUAAUCCAGAUCGAAGCUCAAGAUCCUGAUGCCACACUCUCCACUACUGCUGAGAGGCUCAACUACCGCAUUAUUAGUGGAAAUCCACAGAAUUUCUUCACCAUCAAUACCCGCACUGGUCUGAUCACCACAACCUCCAGGAAACUGGACCGUGAACAACAAACAGAGCAUAUUUUAGAGGUGUUGGUGUCAGAUGGUGGCCCUAAUCCCAAGCAAAGUACUGUUUGGGUGAUAGUUCAAGUCCUGGAUGAAAACGACAACAAGCCCAUAUUUCCUGAGAAGGUGUAUCAAGUCAAACUUCCAGAGAGGGAGCGUAGAAAGAAGGGAGAACCAAUCUAUCGGGUGUUUGCCUAUGACCGUGAUGAUGGGCCAAACUGUGACCUCUCCUACAGCAUUGUGGAUGGCAAUGAGGAUGGGAAGUUCUUCAUCGACCCCAAGACAGCAGUGGUAUCUUCACGCAAGGCCUUCAGUGCAGGGAGCUACGACAUCCUGACGAUCAAAGCAACAGACAAUGGGCGUCCUCAGAAAUCCUCCACAGCGCGACUGCACAUCGAGUGGAUCCGCCGACCACCUGGUCUCACUCUACCGCUGAUUUUUGAUGAACCAUUCUACAAUUUCACUGUGAUGGAGAAUGACAGGGUGGCUGAGAUUGUGGGUGUGGUAUCUGUGCAGCAGAGCUCCACCCCUUUGUGGUUUGACAUCACAGGUCCCAGGUCUUUCCGUGAGAUGUUCUAUAUUCUGCAGAGCACUUGUGGCAGGAACUGUUCCUCAGAAGGUGGGAACAGUGACAGUGUGUUUGAUGUAGUGAAGACUGUGGGCACCAUCAUCAUUGCCAAACCUCUUGAUGCUGAACAGUGCUCCUUCUACAACAUGACAGUGCAGGCUACAGAUGGCACCAGCACUGCACAUACCCAGAUUCACAUUACUGUCAUGGACAACAAUGACAAUGCUCCCAUCUUCUUCCAACCAACUUAUGAUGUCAUUGUUUCUGAAGAUACACCACCUGACACUAAAGUGGUCCAGGUUCAGGCAUCAGACCGUGAUAAGCAUCACCAGUUAACCUACUCUCUGCAGAGUUCCAUAGACCCAAACAGCAUGGGUCUGUUCCGUAUUCAUCCCACCCAGGGCACUAUCUACACUACUCAGAGGCUUGACCAUGAGGCCUGUGCACGACACAUUCUCACUGUGAUUGUAAAGGAUCAAGAAUUCCCAUACAGAAAAGAUUUGGUUCGUGUACUAAUAGAAGUGGAAGAUGUAAAUGACCACGUACCCAAUUUUACCAGUGCUCUGUAUGAAGGCUCAGUAUAUGAGUCAGCAGCAGUGGGAUCAGCUGUAGUCCAGGUGACUGCCCUAGACAAAGAUAAAGGCGAGAAUGCAGAGCUACACUACUCUAUUGAAGCAGGGGUUUUUUUCUCUUCAACAGGAAACAGUGGAAAUACAUUCCAAGUUGAGCCAGUUUUAGGUGUCAUCACUGUUGCACAUGAGCUGGACUUAUCCAGCAUAGGCCAUUAUAUUCUCACUGUCAGAGUAAUUGACAGUGGCUCCCCCCCACUUUCCACUACCACAAUAGUGCGGAUUGCUGUCACUCUAUCUGAUAAUGCUGGUCCAAAGUUCCCUCAACCUGAGUACCAAACUGAAAUCAUGGAGAAUGCAUUGGUUGGGACCUCUGUUAGUACAGUCAGUGCUGUCAGCCAGUCCACCCUCAAUUAUGACAUCAAGCAGGGCAAUACCGAUCAUGUUUUUAAGAUAAAUCAAUAUAGUGGAGUGAUUACUACUCAAAAAUCGCUUGACUAUGAGACUACAACUUCUUACACACUGAUAGUCCAGGCUAUUAACAUGGCUGGCAUGGCCUCCAAUGCUACUCUGUUAAUCCAGGUAGUGGAUGAUAAUGACAACCCACCAGUGUUCCAGGAGCUUCACUACCAUGGGAGUAUAAGUGAGGCCGCACCAAUUAACAGUGUAGUCUUAAACUUAGAUGGUUCACCUCUAGUAAUAAAAGCCACUGAUGCUGACCGUAACCAAAAUGCACUGCUGGUAUACCAGAUUAUUGAAGACACAGCAAAAAUGUUCUUCACCGUGGACUCAGGAACUGGCUCCAUCAGAACCAUUGCUAAUUUAGAUUAUGAGACCUGUACUAUCUUUCAUUUCCAUGUACAUGUGAGAGACAACGGAACGCCACAGUUGACAGCGGAAAGUCCAACUGAGGUCACAAUACAAGUGAUUGACACAAAUGAUUCCCCACCUCGCUUCACCCAGAGUUCUUAUGAAACAGUCCUGUUACUCCCCACUUAUGUUGGAGUUGAAGCACUUCAGGUUUCAGCUACAGACCCUGACAAAGAUAUCCCUGCAGAGCUUAUAUACUCUCUGACUGAUGGAGAACUGCAGCACUUUGGCAUCAAACCUUCAAGUGGAAUUAUUGUAGUCAAAAACAACAACUUUUCCAAAGAGCGCUUCCGCUUCAGUGUCAGAGUUUCAGAUGGUAAAUUCUCUAGCAUGGCUUUGGUGACUAUACUUGUCAGAGAAGCUCUAGACUCUGGCUUCAGCUUCACCCACAGUAUUUACUCUUCAUCUAUUAAAGAGAAUGUAUUGAAUAUCACAAAGGUAGCUGUGGUCAAUGCUAUUGGAAACCGUCUGAAUGAACCAGUAAAGUACAACUUAUUGAAUGCUGGUACACAUUUCAAAAUUCGCCCAACAUCUGGAGUCAUUGAGACCACAGGUAUAGCAUUUGACCGUGAAGAGCAAGAGUUCUAUGAACUGGUGGUUGAAGCAAGAAAGGAGCAUGACCCUCUACAUGUGGCUAGAGUCGUAGUUAGAGUCCAAGUUGAAGACAUAAAUGAUAAUGCCCCUGUGUUUGUUGGACUUCCUUAUUAUGCAGCUGUUCAAGUAGAAGCUGAACCAGGAUCACCCAUUUUCAGGGCCAUGGCAGUAGAUGGUGACAAAGGAAUUAAUGGACAAGUAUCUUACUAUCUCAAAGAUGACCAUGGUCAUUUUGAAAUCAACAGGCAGACAGGUAGUCUCAGCCUCAAGAGGUCUUUUGAGUCUGAUUUGUCCAAUGUGGAAUACCGAAUGGUAAUAUAUGCCAGAGACAGUGGUUACCCACCCCUUUCAUCUACAAUAGAGUUUCCCAUCACUGUAGUCAACAAAGCCAUGCCUGUUUUUGCCAAAUCAUUUUAUACUGUUGCUGUGAAUGAGGAUGUAGCUGUGCACACACCUAUCCUUGGCAUCAAUGCCUCUAGCCCUGAAGGACAAAGCAUCAUCUACACAAUUGUUGAUGGAGAUCCAUCCCUACAGUUUGACAUUGGUUUUGAUACCGGAGUCAUAAGUGUCAUCCAUGCUUUGGAUUUUGAGGCAACAUCAUCUUACCACCUGACUGUUAGAGCCACAGACUAUCUUACUGGUGCCCAUGCUGAGGUUGAUGUAGAUGUGUUUGUCCAGGAUGUCAACGAUAAUCCACCUAUCUUCCAGAAAAUGACCUACAGGGUAGUUUUAUCUGAAACAGCCAUGAUUGGAACGCCAGCACUCCAAGUAGUUGCCACAGACAAAGAUUCUGAGAAAAACAGUGUUGUCCGCUACCAGAUCUUCUCGAAUUCACGUAAUAAUACAGAGUACUUUCAUAUUGACAGUAGCAGUGGAUUAAUCCUGACAGCUCGUAUGCUAGACCAUGAACUACUCCAAAAAUAUGACUUUAUUGUCAGGGCAACCGAUAAUGGUUUUCCACCACUGAGUAGUGAAGUGUCUGUGACAGUCAUGUUGAAUGACAUAAAUGACAAUCCUCCAGUUUUCAACCAGCUGCUCUAUGAGGCAUAUGUGAAUGAGUUGGCAACAAGGGGUCACUUUAUAACUUGCGUCCAGGCAUCUGAUGCAGACAGCUCAGAUUUUGACAAGUUGGAGUACAGUAUUUUAUCAGGAAAUGAAAAAAGGAAUUUUGCAAUAGAAAAAAAGACGGGGAUAAUCACACUGUCCAGCCACCGUAAGCAAAGAAUGGAGCCUGCCUAUAGUCUCAAUGUUUCAGUAUCUGAUGGGGUGUUCACCAGCACCGCACAGGUUCAUGUAAAAGUGUGGAGGGCCAAUCUGCAUAGUCCAGUGUUUGGACAGAAUAUGUAUGGGGCGGAGCUAAGAGAGAAUGCUGCUGUGGGAACCAAAGUUAUACAGGUCAAGGCAACAGAUGCAGACCCAGGAGAGUUUGGGCUCAUAACUUAUUCCUUUGUGAAUGAUGUUGGUAAGGACAAGUUUAGCAUCGAUGCAAAUGGUCAGAUCUACACCACAGAAAAACUUGAUCGUGAGGAUCCAGCUAACAAAGACAUUGUUCUCACAGUGGCGGCCCAAGAUUUAGGUGGACGAGUCUGUUACUGUACAGUACAAGUUACUCUAUUGGACGAUAAUGAUAAUGCACCUUGUUUCCGUGCCACAGAGUAUCGAGCUUCAGUGAAAUCUGAUGUAGCUCAAGGUUUUUUGGUGACACAGAUUCAGGCCCAUGAUCCUGAUCAUGGCAUUAAUGCUAAAGUGACAUAUUCACUUUACAGUGAGGCAAAUGUACCAGUGGUAGAUAUUUUGGAGAUAGACCCAGACAAUGGAUGGAUGGUGACUAAAGGCAGUUUCAGCCAUUUCAGAAACUCUGUAUUAUCUUUCUUUGUGAAGGCUGUUGACGGAGGAAAUCCAGUCAGACACUCUCUAGUGUCUGUCUAUAUCCAUGUUCUUUCUCCAGAGACUUUUAUUCCAUCCUUUAGCCAAUAUCAUUAUUUAUUCAAUACACCAGAGAACACUCCUAUUGGUUCAGUCAUAGGAACAGUUCACCUCAACACUCCUCUUGAAUUUACAUCACUCUCUACUACUUUUGCCCUGGUUAAUGGAGAGGCUGGUGAAAACAACCAAGAUGGUGUGUUUGUGGUGGAAAAGCAUACUGGAGUGAUCAAGCUUGAUAAGCCUUUGGACUACGAGGUGAUCAAAGGAUACUACUUCAAAGUCACUGCCACGGCACAACAGGCUAAGCUUGAUUCGGUGAGUUGUGUUGAAGUUGAAGUCAAGGUAUUAGAUUUGAAUGACAACAAACCAGCUUUUGAGGCCAACUCAUAUGAUACCACCAUUAUGGAAGGAAUGCCAGUUGGAACCAGAAUCAUUCAAGUUCAAGCAAGAGACCCAGAUUCUGGAGCAAAUGGCCAGGUAACAUAUACACUUGGUUCAUUAAUCCAGUUAAAAGAGGAUUCAGACACACUGGUCAGCACUUUUAGCAUUGACAGCAAUACUGGUUGGAUCACUACACGCAAAGACCUGGAUCAUGAAACUAGCCCCUCGUACACUUUUACAGUGGUGGCCUCAGACCUUGGGGAGACCCUGACUCUUUCCAGUACAACCACUGUCACAGUUUCAUUGUCAGACAUCAAUGACAACCCUCCCAGGUUCAUGGAGAACCACAUCUUUGGUUCUGUUCAGGAGAGUGACCGCCCAGGAGAGGUUGUGGCUGUGCUGAUAACUAGAGAUGAUGAUAGCUCUGCCUUCAACCGUCAAGUCAGCUAUCACAUCACUGGUGGGAACUAUCGUGGUGUAUUUGCCCUGGGUCUGGUCCAGGGUGAGUGGAAGAUGUAUGUAAAGGGCCCACUCGACAGGGAAGAAUGCAACCUAUAUAACAUCAACGUCACAGCUAGUGAUGGAUUGUUUGUUUCCCAGGCAACAGUAGAAGUGACAGUGGUAGACACCAAUGACAACAGCCCAAUCUGUGACAAGGUUAUGUAUACUGCCUACAUUCCAGAGGACCUCCCAGCCAACAGUGUUUUGUUGAGGGUUGGAGCUACAGAUGCUGAUAUGGGUAUCAGUGGUUGGAUUCAGUACUCUCUACAUGGUCCUGGAUCCCAAGACUUCAAUAUUGACCCAGACAGUGGUGAGAUUAAGUCAUCUGUGCCUCUGGACCGUGAGAUGACACCUAGUUAUCAACUGGUUGCCCAGGCUACUGACGGUGGUGGGCGGUGGUGCCGUGCUGUGGUGUAUCUGACAGUAACUGAUGUGAAUGACAAUCCACCUAUUUUCACCCAGUCUCGGUACACCACCAGCGUCUAUGAAGACACAGUCACCAAAGCCCUACUUACACGUAUCCAGGCCAUAGACCCUGAUGAAGGUCCGGGGCGUAUGGUGAUCUAUUCCCUGGCUGACUCUGCAGGAGGAUUUUUCUCUAUCGACAAAUACUCGGGCAUUGUGGUCCUGGAACAAGUUCUCGACCGUGAAAUCCAGCCAUUUUAUCAGAUAACAGUUUGUGCAUCUGACCAAGGCUCACCACUCCCGCUCUACUCACUGGUCAAUGUCACAAUUACUGUCCUGGACAUCAAUGACAAUCCACCUGUGUUUGAGCGACGUGAUCAGUUGGCAUCUGUGCCAGAAGAUGUGGGAGUAGGUACUGAAGUUCUGAGAGUUUACGCUGCCAGCAAGGACAUCGGGACUAAUGCUGAGAUUACUUACAGUAUCCGAUCAGGGAAUGAGCAUGGAAAGUUCCACAUUCAUCCAUUGACUGGUGCCAUUUUAGUUGCCCAGCCUCUUGAUUAUGAGACCUGCAGAGAUUACUUCCUGACAGUAGAGGCUCGUGAUGGUGGCACGCCCUCUUUGAGUGCCAUUACUACUGUGAACAUAGACCUAACAGAUGUAAAUGACAAUCCACCCAUGUUUAGCCACAGUGUCUACACUGCAGUGGUGUCAGAGGAUGCCACUGUUGGCGAGCCUGUUAUUCAGCUGAAAGCAGAUGAUGUGGACAGUCAGCUGAAUGGAGCCGUCCUCUACUCCAUUGUCAGUGGAGACAGACACAACCAGUUCCUCAUUGACCCACUCAGUGGAGUCAUCAAGGUCAACAAGCAACUGGACCGUGAGACAGUUCCCAGCUACUCACUUGCCAUAAGAGCUUUGGAUAGUGGAACCCCUCCCAUGUCCUCCACUGUGAUGGUAAACAUAGACAUUUCUGACAUCAAUGAUAAUCCACCCACCUUUUCACCGGCCAACCUCUCUGUUGUCAUACAGGAAAACAAGCCAGUUGGUACCAGUAUCCUGCAGUUGUCAGUCAUUGAUGAGGACUCCUCUCAAAAUGGCCCACCCUUCGACUUCCGUAUCUUAUUGGGAAAUGAAGGGAGGGAGUUUGUGUUGGAAAAAGAUGGGACACUAGUAGCCAAUCAAGUAUUCAGAAGGGACCUGGCAACAGAAUAUGUAAUUCAGAUACAGGUGACAGAUUCGGGGAAGCCUCCUUUGUCAUCCUCCUCCAUACUCACAAUCAGGGUGAUUGAAGAGAGCCUCCAUCGACCAGUAGCAGUACCACUGGACAUUCAUAUUGUUACUAUGGAGGAUGAAUUUCCUGGUGGUGUGAUUGGUCAGCUGCAUGCCACCGAUGCGGACCCUUAUGAUGUUUUGACUUUUGGUCACGCUCCUUCAGCUCAGCGUAGUCUUUUUAAGAUUAGUCCUCAUGAUGGAAAGAUCAUUGCCCUGGGUGGUUUGGAUGCAGGCAGGUACUUUCUCAAUGCUAGUGUCAGUGAUGGUCGCUUUGCUGUUCCUGUACCCAUAAGUGUGCAUGUGGAGCAGGCAACACCAGACAUGUUGCGUGAAGCAGUGACAGUGCGUUUUGAGAGAGUGGCACCACAAGACUUUGUGGCGUUGUACUUGAAAAGCAUGUUAAAUGUGCUCCAGCAGUCUGCUGCUACUCAACAGCAGGACUCACUGCAUUUGCUAAGUUUGCAGCCAGUUGGAGGGACGCAACAGCUGGAUAUGCUCAUCACUAUGGAAAAAGCAGGUGGUGGAUACUAUAAGGCAGCCUACCUCACCCAAAAACUAAGUGCAUCACGGCGAAACCUGGAGGAAGUGCUUAGAGUGUCAGCUAUCCUGGAUAAGAACUGUUCUGGAUUAGACUGUCGUGGGGCUCAGUGCGAACAGAGCAUUGUCUUGGAUUCACACAAUCUCGCUACAUAUAGUAACCCACGGGUCAGCUUUGUCUCACCUCGCUUUCACCGGACCUCACGCUGUACAUGCAAUGAUGACAGCUGUUCUGUCCUGUCAGAACAAUGCGAGAACCAACCCUGUCCACCAGACAUGCAGUGUGUUUCAAUAGAGGCCAAUAGAGGGCGUUAUGCAUGCCAGUGUCCACAAGGCAAACUUGGAGAGUGUGCAGGACAUUCAUCUUUGAGUUUCUCAGGUAACAGCUACAUCAAGUACAGACUCUCUGGACAGCUGCAAACAGAGUUGAAACUGAGUCUGAGGAUCAGAACACUGCAGAGCCAAGGAAUUAUCAUGUACACACACACUGAACCCUGCACUGUGCUAAAGUUGGAGGAUGGGAAGCUGUGGUUCCAGUUGGCUUGUGGACUUGGUGGAAAUGAUGACAGUCCUGACAUGCUGGGCAUCUCAGGUCGUCGUAUCAAUGAUGGGAGCUGGCACACAAUGGCACUUGAGCUGAAUCGCAACUUCAGCAGCUUGGCACUUGAUGACAGCUAUGUUGAACGACGCCGUGGACCAUCAUUUGUACAGAGAGUACCUACAACUAUCGUCUUUGGAGCACUGGUGCAGCCCCCAAACUCUCGGAGCCUCAUGGAAUCCCAGAAGGACCCGCGGGUGCUUUAUGGAUUCCAAGGUUGCCUGGACUCUGUAAUGCUGAACAACAAUGAGCUCCCAUUGCAGAACAAACGUUCGCAGUAUGCAGAGGUGGUGGGACUGACAGAGCUGAAACUGGGCUGCAUUCUCUACCCUGAUGCAUGUCUUCAGCAGCCAUGCCACAACGGAGCUACUUGUACAAGUCUACCCGCCGGUGGGUUCUCAUGCAGUUGUAAACCCCAGUACACUGGGGGGCACUGUGAGAUGGAGAUAACAGCAUGUGUCCCCAACCCAUGUCAUAACGGCGGUGUGUGUAAGCCCAUUGGCAAUGCAUUUCUUUGCAGCUGCAGGAGAGGCUUCAGGGGCCUGACUUGUGAGGAAGAUGUGAACGAAUGUGACCGCAGGAAUCCAGAGGGGGAGUGUGAGAAUGGUGGCACCUGCAUCAACACUCACGGCUCCUUCUACUGUAACUGCACGGCAGGCUUUGUUGGUCAGCGCUGUGGCCUAAGGCCUGUUGUUGUCCCCGACAUGCAGGCUGGUCACGCUGUGGUUGGUAGGGAGGAGCUUAUUGGCAUUGCUGUCGUACUUUUUGUCAUCAUCACCCUCAUCAUCCUCUUCAUUGCAUUCCGCAAGAAGGUUUUCCAGAAAAACUACUCGCGGAACAACCUAUCUCUGGUGCAGGACCCAGCCACUGCAGCACUCCUUAACAAGGCCAAUGGUGUUCAGUUUAAGACCUUACACUGCACCUCAGGAGACCCUCUCAACCUGUACUCAGAGCCAGGUAUGGAGUCUGCCAUUUUGGGAGGGGGUGGGAUGAUGGGACCUCCACAGGUCCCUGUGAGACCCAUGGCAUACACGCCCUGUUUCCAAGGAGACCCACGUUCCACGCUAGAGAAGAUGGCAGAUGGACGCAGUGUGGAACAUACAGAGAUGAGUACCUUUCACCCUGAGUCACCAAGGAUCCUUUCAGGAACCACCAGGAGAGGGGUGGUGGUGUGCAGCGUGGCCCCCAACCUUCCACCAGUGUCACCAUGUCGCUCAGACUGUGACUCCAUAUACAAGAGCCCAUGGGAUAAUGAUGAGUGUAAGGUGGACGACAUGGCAGAAGAAGUAACAUGUUUCUCAGGAAGCAACAAAGGCAGUAACUCAGAGGUCCAGUCACUGAGCUCCUUUCAGUCUGAUUCUUGUGAUGACAAUGCCUCCAUAGUGACCGUCAUUCGACUGGUAAAUGAUGCAGUCGACACAAUCGAAAGUGAAGUGUCAGAUAUGGACCAAGGUCAAACCUUCAAUAGAGCAUACCACUGGGAUACAUCAGACUGGAUGCCAAGCCCGAGGCUCUCAGACAUUGAAGAGGUCCCAGGCUACGAGGCAAGUCAUGGAAACGAAGUAGCAGGCUCGACCCCUUGCCUUAGCGAAAGUACUCGAGAACUGGAGUCAGAUUACUAUCUAGGGGGCUAUGACAUCGACAGUGACUAUCUCCCUCCCCACGAAGAAGAGUUCUUGAAUCAAGACCAACUGCCACCUCCACUGCCCACAGGUGAGGAUUAUACUGAGCCUUAUGCACCAUUUUCUACCAAUAAACCACUUUCCAAGGAGAGCACGCUGAGCACAAGACAUCAGCAUGCCAGACCAUAUUUCCACCCUAGCCAGUACCUUCCUCCCCAUCAAAUACCAACUGGGGAGGCACCAAAUGAAGUUUUAAGCUCUUCAGUGAGUGGCCUAACACCAGGAAAUGGGGACACUGAUGACUCUGUGUCCCGAAAUAUCCGACUGUCUGUUGGUGCAUCAUCGGCCUCAGACAUGUCAACCCCCUGUGGGCUGGAUGACUCUGAACAUGGCAGUGACUUUGACAGUAUGGAUGAGCUUCAUCGAGGGGUGACCAUCAUAACGGACUCACAGCAACAGACUGAGGUGUGAUUAGGUAUACAGUACAAGAGUACCAGCCAGUGGGAGCAUAGUAGUUGUGAAGAUAGAAGAUGCAAAGGAUUCUGUUAUGACUGGACAAGGUAAACUUCUUCAGCAGUACUAGGUACUGCUACAACUAUAUACAUUAACAGUAAUUUUUUUUUUUUAAUUUCACCUCACUGAACUGUGACCAACAGAAUAACAAUAUUAACUGGAUUGUCAAUUCUAACCCCACUUUGUAGACCAGUUAGGAAUGAUUUUCCUACUGUAAUAGGAAUUUACUUGGAAUAUGAAAAGAAUGGGAUAGAGAAUGUGAAAAUGAAAGAAUGAUUAUGGAUGUGGUAGACAGAUUUAAAACAAAUUAAAUAAAACUAAAGGGUCAAUGAUUUAAGUGCCACAUUUGUAUGGUUUUUUUGGUCCUUCACAGAAGCCCAUCGGACAUUUUUUUUUCUAUUUAAAAAAACAAAAAAAAAAAAAAUGAAAAUUUUCCUCCAUGCUUUGUAAACUUUGUAUUGUGCUGAACUGUACAGACUGUAAAGUAUUUUGACCUCACUGGUGAAAAGUAUAAAAACAUACUUUAAAAGCCAUUUUUGUUUCAAUGUAAAAUGUGCCCA